UUAAUUCAAUUAAUUCUCAAUACACAAACCCGCGGCCCUUCAACCUGGCCAAACGCUGCCUCUGCGCCGUGACGUCACUGCCUAUAAGAGCAGCCCCGCGCGCAGCAGUCCGCAUCCUGAACCAGAACUUGCGCCGCUGCGCGUGCAGAGGAGAGUAGAGCGCAGCGCGUCACCAUGUCGCCUUCAGUCUAAACUUUCUUUCCUCUUCUUCAGGAGUUUUGAUCCCCAGUUUGAUCUAGUUUUUCCUCCUCCGCGCAGCCGCGUGAUGCCCGCCGGGAUGUUUAGCAUCGACAGCAUCCUGUCCGGACGGCCGAGCUCUAAGGAACCGCUGCUGCUGCAUCGCAGCGGCCCAGUGGUGCUGCCCACCGGCUUCACGGACGCCAUCUACACCGACUACAGCGGACUGUAUUCGGCUGCCCGCGGACCGUCUCCGCCGGGGCUCCACGCUGUGAGCGGGGCGAGGAUCGGAUAUAACGGCUAUUACUACGGACAGCUGCAGGUCCAGGGGCCCGGAGGAGGUCCGCCGUGCUGCGGGGCCGUGCCCGGCCUCAGUCCGCAGCAGUGCCCCUGCAUCCCUUCAGGUUACGACAACCCGGCCUCGGUGCUUCUAUCCCCGGUUCCUCACCACAUGAUGUCCUACAUGAACAUGGGCAGCCUGUCGCGGACCGAGCUGCAGCUCCUCAACCAGCUGCACUGCCGCAGGAAGCGCAGGCAUCGAACCAUCUUUACCGACGAGCAGCUGGAGGCUCUGGAGGGACUCUUCCAGGAGACCAAGUACCCGGACGUGGGAACACGGGAGCAGCUGGCCCGGAAAGUCCACCUGCGGGAGGAGAAGGUCGAGGUGUGGUUCAAGAACCGACGGGCCAAGUGGAGGCGGCAGAAGCGCUCCUCCUCGGAAGAGUCGGAGAACUCUCAGAAAUGGAGCAAAAAAGCGGAGAAAACGGACGGGACUAAAAGCGAUGCGGACUCUGACAGCUGAUGGAGACGGGGGCGCGCGCCGCGGCCACGUGAUGUGAUGUUGCACAGGUGUACAUAUCGUUUUAUUAUUGACUGUCUCUGUGAGGCCUAUUUAUAUUUAAUUUAAACUCCCUUUAUGUCGUGUUUAAAGCGCGCGGACUCGCGGUGCACCAUGUGACAGCAUGUGGAUGUUUGCAUUUCAUUGGGAAUAAGGUGACAUGAUUAAAGUGUAGCGGGAGAAGGCGCUCUAUGGCUUGUGUCUGAAAGGUGACGUGCGCACACGCGGGCGCGCUCACGGCGUUGGUCUGACUGAAACUAAAAAUUCAGCAGCGUUGGUUUGGGUUUGGAUUUUACAGCAGAUAAAAUGUUAUCUUAAAGUUGAACCUGUUUGACAAUUUUCAUUUAGCAAAUUAAAAAUAGCUAAAUUACCUAAAUUUUAUCUGCGAAACAAGAAAAUUUACCCAUGCUAAGAAAUUAAAAAUCAGCGUAAAAGAAACCCAGCUGAUGCUGGUUUAUGUUGCUUUUUAUUUAUCUGUUCUUGUAAAUAUGAUUAUUAUAAUAAAUCUUAUUUAAUCUCUCAAUUAGAGUGUACAAUAUCCAAAUUUCUGUCAUGGAAAAGAAACAAAAUAAAUUCUUGCACAUUGGUUUCCAGAAAUUAAAAACUUGUUGUUUGUGCAAA